AUCUUGCAUUUCGGAAGUACCCGGAAAUAAAAGAAAACAGUCAGCUGACUUGACUGUGUGUCGGAGUAGUUUGUUGCACUUUAACCCACUAGUUUAAGGUUUUUGGAGUAUAAAAAAUAUUUUUGUCGUACUGUCAGACGUCAGUGGGUAGGCAUCAUGUUACGGCCGAAGGCUUUAACGCAGGUCCUCAGUCAGGCGAACACAAACGGAGUUCAAAGCACUCUCCUGCUGAACAAUGAAGGCUCGCUCCUGGCGUACUCCGGCUACGGCGACACGGAUGCUCGUGUGACAGCUGCAAUCGCGAGCAACAUCUGGGCGGCUUACGACAAGAACGGACACCAAGCCUUCAACGAAGACAAACUCAAAUUCAUUCUCAUGGAUUGUAUGGAGGGAAGAGUGGCCAUUACUCGUGUCGCCAACCUACUGCUAUGCAUGUACGCCAAAGAGACAGUGGGCUUUGGGAUGCUGAAAGCCAAGGCAGAGGCUCUGGUGCAGUACCUGGAGGAACCUUUAACCCAAGUGGCUGCAUCAUAGUGGAGACUGAAGCUCUGCGUCUGUUUGCCUGGAGCAACAAAACAUCAUGUGAUCCAGGUCAUUCAUGGACUACUGCAACAUUCUGCUUGUUCACUAAGUGCACACUGCUAAUGUAUCUAUGAGUGAGUGAACCUCUGCGUGUGUGUGAGUGAUUGAAACUGAUAACUUGUUUGGUUUUCUUGUUUGUUUGUAACUCUUUGCCCGAAUUCUUCAGUCGGACGAACUGCAGAAAAGAUUCCAUUUUCCACAGUCAAUUCAUUCUUCUUUUUUUCUCUGAGGUUUGCUGAUCAGAAAACUGAAGUUUUUGAAUCCCAUCAUGACCUUAAAAUGCAUAUUAUGACAAAGGAUGUGUGGAAAGAUUUUCUGUCUGAGAAAAUGAAGUUAAGACAUUUUAGCUGUGCUUUAUUACAAAGGUGAUAAAUAAAGAAAAAAAAAUGCA